AUGAAGCUUACUCUUUCCGCUUUCGCCGUUUCGCUUCUUGCAAGCACCACCUCGGCCUGGAGGCUGGAACUCUACGACACAACCCGUGGUCUCGCCACCAGCUCCGGCAUCACUAACAGCGGCUGCAUCAAUCUCUCAUGGUCUCCAGUGUUGAACGUUUUCCGUGUCGUCUUCAACGGCGCCACCAACAACUGGCCCGACCAGACAACAUUCGAGCUCUAUACCGAGAGGAACUGCAAAUUUCUCACACAACGCGGCUACAAUGGGGAUUAUCCAAUGAAUCCCGCGAGACCAGUCAGGAGCUACAAGGUCUACUAG